CACAUCCUGUCCCCUCCCAGCAGAGCUGCAGGAGCCAGCAGCGUCUGUCUGUCUGUCUGUCAGUGCAGGACCGUGCUCGCUCCGUGUGCUCGGACAGCCAUGGGCACGCCCGGGCUCUUGGUCAUCCUGGGGCUGGCGGCGCUGCUGCUGCCCACCGAUGCUGUGCCCUGCGGAGCCCAGCGCCCGGACAGCUCCACGGCCUCCAAGCUGCUGGGGACGUGGCUGUACGUGGCAGGGGCUGCCCAGUUCCCCCAGCACCGCGUGGAGAUGCUGCUCAUCGACCAUGCCUUCCUGCGCUUGGAGCCCGGUGCCAGCGGGCAGGAGCUGCUCAUCAGCCACUACGUGGCCGUGGGGGACCAAUGUUUUACCAACAACCUCACCUACCUGGAAGUCACUGCCGGUAACGCCACGCUGGUGAAGCACGCCAAGACCCAGCAAACUGAGGGGAUGCUGAUGAACAUGAGCUCUGAAAACCUUUUGCUCAUCCAGUACCAAAUGCAGAGGGAAAGGACGUAUUUGGGGCAGUAUCUCUACGCCCGGAGCCUGAGCAUAAGCACAGCUGACAAGGAGGAAUUUGAGCAGCACGCCGAGUGCCUGGGGCUGAGGGCAGAGCAGAUCGUGUACGCGCCAUGGAAAACGGAGGUGUGCCAAGUGAAAGAAGCCGAAGGCAGCAACAGCCCUCACCCAGAGCCUGUGGCUGCAGUCACAGCAUCACCUGCUCCAGGUACUCCCUGGCCUGGGAGUGCAGGGAACUGACCCCACACAGGGCAAUAAACGUUUCCUUCAAAUUA